AUGAGUGUAUUUAUUCUCGACAAGUGCGCUGUCUAUGAACAUGGUUGCAGUAUGCGACACAAAUCGACAAGUCAGGUUGCUUGCAAACACACCACAGCCAGUUUUGUUCAACGCAGCCUUUUAGGCUGUAACAAGCAGGUGGUGCGAGAAUGUCGAUCUGCCUUGCGAACCGUGAAUGAUGGUCGUUUGGGAUUGCGACAUUGCACUUGCGACGCGAAACCCAGUCGUUCGAUCGAUGAUUUGUCCAAGUGUAACCUACUGAGACGAAAUUUGAAUAGUCAUCCGUGUAUGCAAGAACCGCCAUUGCUAUUUCGAGAGGAAUCGGAAACGUGGCAGGACUUUCCGCUGGUGGAACAGAAACGGUUUCAAAGCCCAAACACCGAACCAAAUUUGAACGGGCAAAGACCAAACGCGGGAGGUCCGGACAGGUGGGAUCCCGAUUCGGCAACAGUCAAUUUGCCAAAACGAAAGGAUGAAGAUGUGAACUCAGCACACUUGACCGAUACUAGCCCGGUAGAUUUACUACACGAGAGAUCUCUGACAGCCGAUCACAAUUUCCAAACGCCUGAACGAGCAAAAGAUACCGGACAGUCGUCACUAUCACCAUCAGAGUAUAUAGAACAUAUGGAACCCAACAGAACACUUGUCAAACCGUUGAAUCAGAGAAUCCCAUUCACUGUAGAGAAGAGUUCUCGUGAUUUCCAGGUGAACUGCUACGAUGUGUAUCGCACGUGUGUACUGGAUCCGACCUGUUUACUUCACUACUUUCGUUUGGCACGACUUUGCUUCGUGCGAAAUGGAUGUCAGUUGCCCACCGCUUGCACGGAGAGUCUGCGCGGCUUCUACAGCGUUGUUCUCCCGGAUCUGACAAAUCAGGCCCUCGGUUGUUUCUGUCGCAACCCGGAUCUGGAGUGCAAACAACAAAUGAACCUUUUCAAACCGGAAUGUGCAAUCACUGAUCCGAGCGAUUUACGAUCAUGUAACGACGUUUUACAACGUUGCCAAGAGGACAAAAACUGCAAUACCGCUCUCUCGUUCCUAAUUAAUCAAUGCCAUCCGCAGUCGAAAGUGUGCCAGGAGAAUUCAACGUUAUGCCUUAACGCUUAUCGUCAAGUGUGGCUACAGAGCAUAGUCACGCAAUGUCGCUGUGAUACGAGCAACCUGAGUUUCUAUCACACGGGGACUGCCGAGCAUAAAAGUUCCAGCUAUCGGUGUGAAUCAUUUCAACGUAUGUUGCUUCAUCCACCAUGCAGAGACCGCCAAGCAAAUCCUGAUGUGUUAUCCGCGAAUAAAGAUGUCGAGGAACUAUCACAUUUCCAACUUCAUAUCACCUAUGCACGUGACGAGUUCUCCACAAUUCUCGGAUUACUUGAUCGGACGGUUUCGACCAAUGAAUUUCAGUAUUAUGUCAGACUACUGGACAUGGCCACACUGUUGGAAACUGUACUCACUAAUACGACUGGCACCGGGAAUUGCGCUCUCGUUCUUGCCCGUCAUCACAUUCCCGUUCGCACUGCUGAGGCAAGCACCCCAAUUGAUCCGGUUAUCUCCAACACAGACGGAGUAGAUCUCAUCGAAGCCGGACAAUUGACUUAUUUCAUUGUCGUGACUGCAUUGAAUCGGGUGCGAGAAUACGCAGGACCUGUGAUACAACGCGGAGCGGAUGAGGUGAGUGCUGGUUCUAUCCCGAGUUUUUUUCGCUUCGAUUUUUUAGUUGCAUUGUUCGUGGAUUUGAGUGCCACAUUGCUUGUUCGCAUGUUUGUGUGCCUUUGUGCAUAA